UCCAAGACUCCGAGGGUCGAGGAGAGAGCGCUGCUGUCCUCUAUUGAUUCAAAGUAUGGGUGCUGCUGGGUGCGUCCUCUGGGCUUGGAGGAAACCCUGAUGGAGGCCUAUCACUCCAUCAACAACAUGACCAUCUCCCACGCCCUCUGGCUCUCCUCCACCACCCCUCUCACACACUCCACCUUCUCCAAUUCACUCUGGGACCUCUAUAGGUCAUUACCCAACCUGCGUCACUGUGUGAGAACCCACCCGGAGACCAGCAGCCCCUGGUACCACAAGAUGGACACCAUUACCAGGGACCUGCUCGAUCUACAGGAGGUGCGAGGUCAGAGGUUCUCGCAGGUGUACCAGCGAGUGAUGCACACACAGUACCCGCUCCAUCAUGGCCCCCUCUGGUGCGUCAGAUACCUCGACCUGCAACACAACAUCGACGAUUCCUACAUGGACCCCAGUGACGACACCCCUCUAGAGUACUCCUCCCCCCACGCUGUUGAGGACGACGGUGAAGGUCAUUCCCCGAAAAACAAACCCUCCAGUGACAGAGAAGACAUUACAACUUCAGUAGGAGACGUCGAUGACAGCAUGAUUGUGGGAGCUAAGACGAGCUGUGUUAAGGAGCUACACAGGUACAUAGUCAUCUUCGGCUUCUGCCACUUGAUCACUGACGGAGUGUCCAACAUGAGGAUAACACACCAUUUCCUUCACCUCCUCAACCAGGAGUUGAUGGGCGUGGCUAGGAAGGUGGUGGAACUCGGGGUGUUCAAGUCUCCGGUGGCUGAGGAACAAGGAUUAAACAGAAGGAAGAGUGACCCAGUGUUCGCUUCCUACGUCCCCAAGCUCUGCGACGCCCCUCUAUACCUGUCCCUCUACCCUCCGGCUACUACUGACAGCACCAAGGCUAGGACAGAGACGUUGUUUUUGCCAGGCCUGACAGUGGGACAGACGCAGGCUCUCAGAAACAAGUGUCGGACUGAGGGUGUCAGCUUCCACGCCGCCUUCACCUCCGCCGCCGUCAUCGCCAUGGUACAGCUCCUCCACGACGCUCCCUGCCAGGACUCCCGGGUGAAGGACCUGGACCGCAUGUCGACACUGCAUGAUGUCAACUGCCGACGGUACUGGCCGCAGCCCCAUCAAGACGUCCUCGGGGUUCACGCUGCCAUCCUGCAGCUCUCUUUCCCGACGCCUGUGGGGCCGAUGGGUGAUGGAGGGUUCUGGAGGUACGCCAAGCAGCUGCACACGCACCUGAAGGAGGCUCUAACGAGGCAGCUGGUUGUGCAACAAUUGGUGUGUGACCCCAGCCUUCAGGCCCCAGAGGAAAUUAUCCGAGAGGGCCAAGACCGCAGCCUCACCUCUGCCUACUUCGGGAUCACCAACUUGUGUGACCUGUCCUCUCUUAUCUCGGGAACUGGUGACCCUGUUGACCUCACUUCUGCCCCUGGAGAGGUGACCCCUGCCCUGCUGACCCGCAUCCACCACUCGACAACAUGUCACUUCACAGGUGUGGUGUGCCAGCACUUGACCCACACCUUCCGCGGCAGACUCCUCUAUAACCUCGACUUCUUCACCGAUAAGAUGCGUCGUGAGGAAGCCACAAAGUACGCCCAUCUCACUCUUCACUUCCUCCUACGAUCCAUCUAGUCUGACACACAAACCGAAUAGUGUGACCCAGCUUGACCCAGAGGCGCAAAUUGUGAAUCAAUUUGAGAGUAUGUUAUGGAGCAUUUAUAAAUCCAAGGUGGAUUUUGAUCCAGUGUAGAGCCAAAUGUUAAUGAAUAAAACAAUUUCCCCCCAGUCGGAUAGACAUUGAUAAUGGAGAAUAUUUUUUAGGUUUUAACAUUACUUUGGUCCCAUGAAAAUUGGUCAUAUAAAAAAGCUGGUUGUCAUUUUACCUGUAUUUUUUAUGAGGUAACUUUGUCAUUUAUUUUAGUAAUGUAUGAUUCUGUACCGACAUGGCUAAUGACGUUGUGGGGUUCAGGAUAUUUGGUUCACACUCAGGAUGGGUUGGAGAAAGGAAACUCACAAUGUGC